GCGAAUCAACUUUGUAUAGUUAGUUUCGUCGAUGUACGCUUGUACCAUGUUGUAGUAAAUGAUAAAGAGAAUAGGAGUCCUUGGAUCAUCUGCUCGUUUGAACCAUUCAGUUAUCAGCCAUCGAAAAUAGCUGUCUGCUAUAUUUUUUUUCGUCAGCGACGAUCUGUCAGGAUCAGGGACUUUUCAUUGCAACGAGUGCUAGUGUUACAAAGAACAGUAUGUAUCAGAUGAUGCAGCCUCAGAUUGAUAUACUUCUUUUUUGAGAUAAUUUUUCCUCUUAUGUGCUUCAAUGACAAUGACCAAAAGUUAUGGGAAGAAGAUCCCCAUGAAUAUGUUCGCAAGGGCUAUGAUAUCAUCGAAGAUUUGUACAGUCCCCGAACAGCUGCUAUGGACUUUGUGAGUGAAUUGAUUAGAAAGCGAGGGAAAAACAAUCUCCAAAAGUUCAUCCAUUUCAUUGUGGAUAUUUUUAGGAGGUAUGAUGAAGCACCUGCUGAUCUUAAGCCAUAUCGCCAAAAAGAUGGUGCUCUUCUCGCUAUUGGGACACUCCGUGAUAAACUGAAGCAAACAGAUCCAUAUAAAACAGAGCUUGAGAGUAUGCUGGUCCGACAUGUCUUUCCUGAAUUCAACAGUCGUGUUGGACACUUAGCUCUUCACUGGUCAAUAAUGAUAUAGAAGACUAAGUUAAAUUA